AUGGUCUCGGAAGCUCCAAAGAUUGAAGGUCUGUUCCAUGAGCGGGCCCCUUACGGGCUCGCGAACGUCCGCGGGUGGUACUCCCUCAUCCGUAACAACCCUCUUACGUCGGAUUGUCAAGUCAUCGGAGUCGGCUGGUACAAGAAACGGAAAGGGGCAGAGCAUGAAUUCUUGCGAUUUGACAUCUCUUCCCCCGACAAUCAGCACACAUGCAUUGUCGUUGCCGAGAGGAGUGGUGGUGGUGUUUGCGGUCCAAACUCCGACGCCACACAAGCUGCCGAUACCCUUGCUCAAACGGACACAGCGGUAGACGCUACGGCGUCGUCGCUCAGUCCACCAGAGACUUUUGUACUCUUACCUGAUGUUGGCGAUUCCACUGCAAGUAGUGCCGACGAAAGCAGUCCUCCGCUAGACAAAGUUACUAAGAGUGACGGGGAAAAAAAACAGAAGAUGAAUACAGCUCAAAUUGCAGCUUCUUUUUGCUCCGGUUCCGAGCGCUACGCCUCUGAUCGCGUUUACGUUGCAACGCGUAUUAGUGCAGCAGGCGCUUGGGUGGAGGAGAGGCCUACUGCAAACGAGCUAGCGACCUUGCUUUAUGUAACCUCGGCACAGGAGCCCAAGUACAACCACGACACACAAUGCUACUGGUUCGCCGCAACUGUGUUUGAUGCUCUCAACAUACUAUAUGACGGUGCCAAGCAAGAUCCUAUACCCCAUCAGGGGGAGUACAAUCUGUGGGGUACCGGUCGAUUUCAAGGCCAGCGGGGAAGAGGCCGCGGAGGAAGCCGCGAAAAGGAAGGGCAGAGGGAGCGCGAGCAACGUGAAGCUGCCGAGCAGGAAAGGCAGAAGGAACGCGAGCAACGCCAGGAGGCCGAGGAAAGGGCACGGGCAGCGCAGGAAGAGAUUGCGAAGUUGCUCCAGGAAGUGGAGGCGUUGAAGAGAGCGGUGGCAAGUACUCAACAGGCUUGA